AUUGCACGACUGGUCACUCCACGCCCCUCUCAAAGCGACAAAAUCAAUGGAGGCAGCAACUUGUUGGCGAAAUCGGAACGGGGUUUGGUUUCUAUGAAUUCUUUGAACGGAAGCUGCUUCCCACGAACAAAAGAUCGCCCAUAAUGUAACCGGUAGAGUGGCCACAUGGGAAUACUCCCAUUGUUCUUGUCACAAAAUCUUUGCUUCAUACGACCAACACAGAACCUAGCCAUCACCAAAGCAUGGCUCCAGCUGCAGCGGAGAAAGACAGUCAAGUCUUUCUUUCCAACCUAGGAUCUUCUCACAAAUCUUGCUCUUCGAUUGAAGAGCCAUUUGAAGAUACCAUAGAACUCAGUAGCACUGUACGUCUUUGGAACACCAUCAUGCCAUCGAUUUAUCUUUUUGCCGGCUGCAUCCAAUGCACUGCGCCAAGGCUUCCUCGAUUCCGAAGCCGCAAGAGCAAAAAGUCGCGCAAAGCCAUCAAAGAUGGAUCGGAUCCCAGUGCUGACUAUCCUGAGCCACCCACUCUGUUCUGUGGGAAGCCAUCGUUAGCUAAUGCCUCUUCUGGUGAAAGCUUCAUGACUGACUCCACCAACAGUUUUUCCAGUGGAAUGCUAUCAUGCAACUCCCUGCCCUACUUUACUCCAUCUGCUUCACCAAUCAACCAAAAGCCACUUCGAGCUUAUUGCCUUUCCAAGGAAGUCAACAUUGAGUUUCCAGCUGGUGGUGGUGAAGUUGAGAUUCAACCUGCGGAGCCAUUCUACUUUCAGUCGUUCUUGAAUGAAGACGAUGAUGGCAAAGAUCUUCAGUCUGCUAGCGACGACAACGAUUGGGGGUACUUUGUGGACAUGUCAUAAGUUUAUGAAGAUCCCAAAUCCAACCCAAACUAAAUGAAUCGAAUCAGGAGAGAUCUCCCCUCCUGUCGCUAUAUAUCCGCAAGUCGAAACGAUGGGCUUGCUGUUCCGAAACACCACUUGUUUGUCACAACCAUGGACAUUUGCAUACUUAGAAAACCAUAAAGAAAAAUAGAGAAUGAUAGAUAUUC